UGAUCAAAAAUACAGUAAAAACUUAAAAUAAUAUUAACUUUUAAGCAAAAUCUUUUUUAUUUGAAUAUAUUUUAAAAUGUAGUUUAUCCUGUGAUAGCAAGGAUUGCUUCAGUUUUGAAUCGUUUAGAAAUCACACGAAUAUGCUCAUUUGGUGCUCAAAAACAUUUCUUAUUAUCAAUGUCAAAAAAAGGUUGAGCUGCUUAAUAUUAUUGUGUAAACUGUGAUAAACUUUUUGAAUACAAAUCUUUUGUAUCAUAACUGUCUUUACUGUAACGUUCGAUCAAUUUAAUGUGUCCUUCCUGAAUAAAAGGAUUAACUUCAUAACAAUAUUUCCUGACUGAUCACAAACUUAAAUGUAGUGCAUGUGUCAGAAAGAAAAUGUUCCUUUUUAAAUAAAAAAAAAUCAAUAUAUUUUUGAUCAUUUAUUUUAAUAAUUGGAUAUUUUGUGAUUUCAGUUCUAGCCUGAGAUGACCUCUCACACUGACCCUGUAUCAUGGGGCCAUCCUUAUUGUUGAGCCCUGAUGUUUACAGAGGUGUGGAAAGGAGGAAGUGCACUGAUGGAGGAGUGGAAAUUCAGAAGAAUUCCUUUGUGAGAUCUAAUGGGAUGCAACAUAAUGUUACAGUUGCUUUUUUAAUUGGUCGUGUUCUUUGGGGAAUUGCACCUGUUAUUUGGUUUGUUCAGAAUGAAAUCAUUCACCCGUGUUUUGACUCCUCAGUGGUGGCAAACCUUUGGACUCGCUUAACUAGUGUCUUAAUCACUCUCCUCAGAUCAGGAUUAGAGCCUCAUAAUACAGCGUUACUGACUUGCUUUUGGAGCUGCUUUGUCUGCUUCUCGGAUAUACAGUGGGCAUGUGAGACCAUUGAUACAAACUCACUGUAAUAUUUACUGUAUAUACCUGCUGUAUCUGAUGAUGGAAAACCUCACGCCAGAACAAUGGCGCGAGAUCGUGAACAAGAAGUUUCGCUUCCCUCCGGAGCUCCUGGGGGCCAUCCGAGAGGGCAACGUGAACAUGGUCUAUUCUCUGCUGAGGACGGGUGACGGGAUCAUCCGCCAGCUGGACGACUCUGAGGACAGGCUAUGGAGAGAAGCGCUGAACCUGUCCAUCCGACUGGGCAACGAGGACACCAUGGACACCCUUCUCCAAGGAGUCAAGUUUGACUUCCGGAAGAUCCACGAAGCUCUUCUUGUGGCUGUGGACACCAACCAGCCUCGUGUGGUCAAGCGCCUCCUGGACCAGCUUGAUCUGGAGAAGGGAAACAAGAUGGAUGUGCGCUCAUUCUCAAUGGCCAUUUUUGACCACUCCAUUGACGAUUCUCAGUUUGCCCCUGGAGUGACACCUUUGACACUGGCCUGUCAGAAGGAUCUGUAUGACAUUGUGACGAUGCUCAAUCAGAAAGGUCACGAAAUUCCUUGGCCGCAUAAAAUCUCAUGCAUAUGUCUGGAGUGCACAAAUGGACGCCAAUAUGAUUUGCUCAAGUUCUCGCUGUCUCGUAUCAACACCUACCGAGGUAUCGCCAGCCGUGCCUACCUGUCCAUCACCGCAGAUGAUGCCAUGCUCAGUGCCUUUCGACUCAGCCGGGAUCUCCGCAAGCUGUCAAAAAAGGAACCUGAAUUCAAGCCUCAGUAUCUCGCCCUGGAGCAGCUGUGCCAGGAGUUUGCCGUGGAGCUGCUUGGAAUGUGCCGGAACCAAAGUGAGGUCACCACCAUCCUAAACAGUCUUGUGGAUCAGGAUGGAGACAGCGAGGACGAGUUUGACCAGCAGGCGUUCGAGGAGGGCAUUCCAAACCUAGCUCGCCUAAGGCUUGCCGUCAACUAUAAUCAAAAACAAUUUGUAGCCCACCCGAUCUGCCAGCAGGUGCUUUCCUCCAUCUGGUGUGGGAAACUAUCAGGCUGGAGGGGCAGCAGAACAGCCUGGAAGCUCUUGGUGUCGUUUGGGAUCUUCCUGACCAUGCCCGUCCUUUGCCUCAUCUACUGGAUCGCACCAAAGUCAAAGUUGGGGAAGAUUCUGAAGAUCCCAGUGAUUAAAUUCCUUCUCCAUUCGGCAUCAUAUAUGUGGUUCCUGAUCACGCUUCUGGGGGAAUCUAUUGCCAUGGAGGUGUACCGGGACAGCUUUGCCUCUCGUGAGCAGACCAUCCUGCACAACUCCUUCCACAUGAUCUGGGUGGUUGGUUUUUUCUGGUUCGAGUGUAAGGAAAUUUGGAUCGAGGGCUUGAGGAGUUAUUUCCUAGACUGGUGGAACUGUCUGGAUGUGAUGGUUCUCAGCAUGUACCUGGCGUCAUUCGCCCUGAGAGUGGUCAUCAUGCUCAAGGUCCAUUUCCUCUGCCAGACACCUGACAAACAGGAUGAGUGUGUCUACUUCACCGAGACUUUGCGUGAUGAGUGGCAUCAGGAGGAUCCCCAGUUCAUCGCUGAGGUGCUGUUUGCAGUGACCAGCAUGCUGAGUUUCACUCGCCUGGCCUACAUCCUUCCAGCAGACGAGUCUCUUGGCACCCUGCAGAUCUCCAUUGGAAAGAUGAUUGACGACAUGAUGAGAUUUAUGUUCAUUUUGGUGAUCAUUGGAACUGCCUUCCUGUGUGGCAUCAACAAUAUCUAUGUCCCAUAUAUGAUUACGCCAAAUCUUGGAAGGUUAAAUGAAACCUUCAGCUUCCUCUUCUGGACCAUGUUUGGGAUGGCCGACCAGACCUAUGUGGACAUGCCGGAGUUUGUUUUGGCAGAGUUUGUUGGCAGAAUCCUUUAUGGCAUCUACACGCUGAUCAUUGUCAUUGUACUUCUAAACAUGCUCAUCGCUAUGAUCACCAACUCUUUUCAGAAGAUUGAGGAUGAUGCUGAUGUAGAGUGGAAAUUUGCCCGUUCAAAGCUCUACCUGAGUUAUUUCAGAGAAGGACUGACUAUGCCUGUCCCUUUCAACAUCAUCCCCUCUCCAAAGGCCCUUUUCUAUCUUUUAAGAGGAAUUUUCAGACGGAUCUGCUGUUGCUGCUUCAACUGUAACUCUGCUCCAGACUACCCUCCACUUACAUCUAUGGAUGACGUGGGUCCAGCGGAGAACCGUAUUCCCUAUAGACAGCAGGUCAUCCGCGCGCUGGUUCAGCGCUACAUCGAAUCUGCCAGGAGAGAGUUUGAAGAGACGAAGCGCAAAGACGUUGGGAACCGGAUCACAGAGCUGAGCAAAGUGAUUGGCCAGCUACAUGCUGAAAUGAAACAGAUUCAAACGAACGUGUUUGACUACUCGGACAACACCAAGGGAGAUCCGUCAGGAGGAUCUUCUUUCCUGGGGAAGUACAUCCUUGGAGCCAAAAACAACUUCAGGGGCUUCAACAGCAACGAGAGAAAGACUGUUCCAUUACAUGAGCCUUUACACCAUGAACAACCAGCACUGGGGACUGCAGAAGAGAAGGAGGAAGAGACUGCAGACAUGCAGGAGUCACCGGCCGCUGAUACGGAGUCAGACAGGAAAUCAAAUGAAGAGCAAAACGGCGAGGGAGAAACAGAUAAUGCUGUGGAACACAUGAAUGAGACAGAUGGGGGAGGAGAUGAGGGGGACAUGGAGACGGGGAAUAAUGAUGUCACUGAUAUUAGCAUGGAGGCUGGUGCUGAAAAGAAUACAGAGAAUACAAGUGAGACAGUCAUAGAUAUAGAGGCCAAUACAGAUGCUGAAAGUGAAGCUAGAGCAAAAAGAGAAGAUGAGAUGAUGGUGGAGGAGGAAACCAGUGAUAAUGAGGAGGAAUUAAAUGAAGAGGCCACAGGAGGAAAAGAUCUAGAUGAAGCAGAGACGGAGAAAAACAUAGAGGUUGAGGAAAGUAAUGAAAUGACAGAAGAUGUAGUUGAAGUCAUCAAUGAAAAUGCAGGAGAGGGCAUCAAGAUAAACCUGAGUCAGACGAGCCUAGUGAGUUUCUUAGCAAAGAGGAUAGAGGAAAAGCUAGAGAGGAAUUUUACUUUCAUUGGAAACCAAGUAUCAUCACCAACUGGCAGCGAUGACUCCCAAGACACCGGUUUUGGUUCUCAAGUAUUUGACCUCUCAACUAGCAGUCCUUAAUGAUAGGAAUAAUUCUUCCAAGAUUAGUUUGAAAUGACUACUUUAUGAGAACCAUGAACCUAGCUGAUAACUUUUUUGUGUGUUUUAAGAUAUUAAAAUGCUUUUCUACAGUGGCCUCAGAAAGUAUUUAGACACUUUUGCCACACUAAAAAUGUCUGAAAUUUCAUCACAACUGAAAAUAAAAUAUCAAAGGUGUAGUUUAUCACUUUUACU